AUGGCCCAAGCCUCGCCUUCGUGGCCGAGGCUGAUGGGGCUGCUGUCGGUGCUUCUGGCACUGAUUCUCGGCGUCUCGGCUGGGUCACACGGUGCUGCUGCCACCGGCUGUCUCACCGACCUUGCGUCAGUUUCGGAAAGCACUUGGUCCGUCGACUUUGACAACAGGACCGGCGUUGCUGAGACCCAAGAAGAGAGCUCGCAUGCCGGAAACGUAAACGAUAAGGUCAAGAAGCUUGAGACGACCAGCUUGCACAGCAAGGUCGUCCGAUCCGGUUUCGAGUCUUUCACUGUCGAGAUUCCGGCCUCGUGCCGGACCCUCGGCAUCAAGAGCUCACUCAUUGAGCUGCCCAUCAGCUUCGCUAGCCUGCACAUGCACCUGCAGAAUAUUCGCACCAAAUAA